AUGACCGCCACCACAUCCCCGCAUCCCCUCUCGGCCCUGUCCGCCGACGAGAUUCGACGCGCCCGUGACGUCGUCCUCGGCCUGCACCCCGGCGCCGUCCUCGACUUUCGCGUCAUCUACCUGCUCGAGCCGCCCAAGGCCGACGUCGUGCGCUUCCUUGACGCCGAGCACGCCGGCACCCUCACCGCCGAUACCCCGCGCCCGCCGCGCCUCGCCCAGCUCAAGUACGACGUCAUCGGCGGCGCCGGCAGCGAUGUGCCGACCCAAUACCACGAGUCCGUCGUCGACCUCGUCACCGGCAAGAGGACGGCCGACGAGGUGAUUGACGCCAAGUUCCACGCCAGUCUGGGCCUUUUCGAGUUUGACAAGGUCGUCAACUGCGUCCAGGAAUCCCCCGAGUUCAAGGAGAAGCUCAAGUCAGUCCGCCUGCCCGAGGGCUUCGAGCUGGUCGUCGAGCCCUGGCCGUACGGCGGGCCGGACGAGGCCGACGGCCAGACGCGCCUCUUCCAGGCGCUCUGCUUCGGCCGCGACGGCCGCACAGGCAACCCAGACGCCAACUUCUACGCCUACCCGCUGCCCUUCAUCCCCAUCGUCGACAUCCGCACGAUGAAGCUGGUCCGCAUCGACCAGCCGGCCACCGGCGGCCUCGGCGACGCGCUCGUCGGCGUCACCAACGAGGUCGGCGUCCUCGACCACUGCCGGUCCGCCGAAUACGUGCCGGAGCUGCUGCCGGGCGGCGUCCGCAAGGACCUGAAGCCGCUCACGGUGCUGCAGCCCGAGGGGCCGAGCUUCAGCAUCACCGAGGACAACCUGGUGGAGUGGCAGAAGUGGCGCUUCCGCGUCACGUUCAACCCGCGCGAGGGCGCCGUCCUGCACGAUGUCCGCUACGACGGCCGCAGCGUCCUGUACAGGCUCAGCAUGAGCGACAUGACUGUCCCGUAUGCCGACCCCAGACCUCCCUUCCAUCGCAAGCAGGCCUUUGACUUUGGCGACGGCGGUCUCGGCAACUGCGUCAACAACCUCACCCUCGGCUGUGACUGUCUCGGCGUCAUCAAGUACUUUGACGGCAUCCUCACCAACCCCGACGGCUCCCCCGAGCCCACCAAGAACGUCGUCUGCCUGCACGAGCAGGACAACGGCAUCAACUGGAAGCACACCAACUGGCGCACCGGCCGCGCCGUCGUCACCCGCCGCCGCGAGCUCGUCGUCCAGUACAUCCUCACCCUCGCCAACUACGAGUACGUCUUCGCCUUCGUCCUCGACCAGGCCGCCGGCAUCACCCUCGAGGCCCGCGCCACCGGCAUCGUCUCCGUCGUCAACAUGGACGUCGGCAAGACCGCCCCCUGGGGCAACGUCGUCAACCCGGGCGCCAUCGCCCAGAACCACCAGCACAUCUUCUGCCUGCGCAUCGACCCGGCCGUCGACGGCCACGCCAACACCGUGGUGCAGGAGGAGAGCCUGCCCGUCGAGGUCGAUCCGGCCACCAACCCCGCCGGCAACUUUUACAGGGUCGAGUCCACGGUGGUCGCCGAGUCGGCCGGCCUGGACCUCGACCCGUUCAGCAACCGCGUGUUCAAGAUCCAGAAUCGUAGUGUGAAGAACCCGGUGAGCGGCAAGCCGGUGGGGUACAAGGUGGCGGGCCCGCCGUCGCAGCUGCUGCUGGCUGCGCCGGGGAGCAUCCAGGCGAACCGGGCGCACUUUGCGAGGCACCACCUCUGGGUCACCAAGCACCGCGACGACGAGCUGUACGCCGGCGGGCGCCACACGCUGCUCAGCCGCAACGAGGUCGGCGGGCUGCGCGACGCGGCCGACCGCAAGGACAGGGUCGAGGACGAGGACAUUGUCGUCUGGAGCGUCUUUGGCCUGACGCACAACCCGCGCGUGGAAGACUGGCCCGUCAUGCCCGUGGAGAUGAUUCAGGUCCACAUCACGCCGUCCGACUUCUUCACGGGCAACCCGGCCCUGGACGUCCCGUCGAGCGCAGACACCGGAUCCAAGCUCACGGAGGGAGCGGGCUCGUCCUGCUGCACCACGGCCAACGGCACGAAUGGCGUGAACGGAGCUAAUGGGCACUAG